UCCACAGCCCUGAGAGGCUUCUGUCAUGGCGGCCGCCACGCGUGUGCUCCAGAAAGCCGUCAGCCCGUCUUUAGUGGUGGUUUUAGGAGCGACGGGAACGGGCAAAUCCAAACUGGCCAUCGAGAUCGGGAAAAGGCUUAACGGGGAAAUUAUAAGCGCCGAUUCCAUGCAGGUUUACAAAGGGCUGGACAUCAUCACCAAUAAGGUUACAGAGGAGGAGCAAGCCCAGUGUCGCCAUCACAUGAUCAAUUUUUUGGAUCCAUUGGUUAGUGGAUACACCGUGGUGGACUUCAGGAACAAGGCUCUGUCGCUCAUAGAGGAUAUGCAUCGACGGAAAAAACUUCCCAUCAUUGUUGGAGGCACGAACUACUACAUUGAGUCCAUUUUAUGGAACGUGCUCCUCGUCACUGGGCAGGGGAGUGACACGGAGUCAGAAAAGGGCGUGGCCUUUGAAUCAAAGACGGAGCUCGAGAAACUGGGUGCUCUUGAACUUCACAGACGGUUGAAGGAGGUGGAUCCUGACAUGGCAGCCAUAUUGCACCCUCAUGAUGCACGCAAGCUUGCAAGGAGUCUGCAGGUGUUCAUGGACACUGGGGUUCCACACAGUCAGCUUUUGGAGGAGCAGCGUGGACAGGAUGGAGGAGAUUGUCUUGGGGGGCCUUUGCGGUUCAAGGACCCUUGCAUCUUCUGGCUGCAUUGCAAAACAAAUGCUCUAGAUGAGCGGUUGGACAAGCGUGUGGAUCAGAUGUUGUCGCUUGGGGUGAUUGAAGAGCUUAAAGAUUUUCACCAACGCUUUAAUGAGAGGAAGAUCAAAGAGAACAGUCAGGACUAUCAGCAUGGCAUCUUCCAGUCUAUUGGCUUUAAAGAGUUUCACGACUACCUGACAGCAAGUGAAGACAUCAGCCAGGAAGAACGUAAUAAACUGAAGAUUAAAGGGAUCGAGGCUCUCAAACAGGUGACCCGCCGCUACGCCCGAAAACAGAACAAAUGGGUCCGCAACCGAUUCCUCAAAAGACCUGCUAGCAAUGUGCCACCGAUUUACGGUCUGGAUGUGACAGAUGUGACCAAUUGGGAGACUACUGUACUUACUCCAGCUCUAGAGAUCCUGGACUGCCUCCAAAAGGGAGUGCAGCCGCCUGCACAGCCAAUCAGAGCAGAGGGGGAGGAGCCUCGCAACAAGAGGAGUCACCACGUGUGCGAUUUGUGCGAUAAGGUGGUCAUUGGCGACUUGGAAUGGAAUGCACACCAGAAGUCCAAAAACCAUCUUUAUCAAGUCCGCAAGAGGAGAAAAGCAGAGCAAACCUCAGAUCAGGACCCAAAGCCUACCGAACAUCCAAAAGUCAGUGACGGGCAGGUACCUGCGCUAUAGGUCUGUUUGGGGUCGAGCUCACAGAUGGACCAAAUCAAUCAAGUGCCAAUAAUGUAUAUUUUAGAUGAACACAAGUAGGUACUUUCAGAGUGAUUGAUUUGCAUAGGGCAGCAGUGAACUCUCUCCCUGUGGAGCAACAGAAUGCACUUCAGGGUCUGUGAUUUUUUUUUUUUUUUUUUUUUUUGGACACCAGGAUUUGAAUGUUUUUUUACCCAUCUGCCACAGAACAAGGGGUAUGGCUAAUGUCUGGAUUUGGAUUCUUGCGCUGGACAGAUGUCUUCCCUGCUGCUGUUUUGUCUUAAGCGGUCACUUUUUAACCACAUCUAACCGCGUCUACUGCUCUUUUAAACCACGCUGCGGUGAGCUGCGCUAACCUCUGGCUGCUCUGACUGAACUCAAAAUACAUUACUGCUGAUGUUGGAUUACUGGAUCACAUUUUUCUCGGCUGAUCAAGAAAGGAAGGUUAUUUUUUUGCAUAUUAAAACUGAUGCCGGACUUUAUUUGGAGGUUUUACACUUACGUAAUCGUCUGAUCAGUUUGCGUCAGAACAUAUGUGACUUCGAUCAGAUGUGGACGUUCUUUCCUCAGGAUUCCCAGUGCCUUUGACUUUGACGUCCAAAAGCUUAUUUUAUUUACUCUCUUGCCAUUCAUUCUUCCGUGGAACACAAAAGAAGAGAUUUUGAAAAAUGUAUGUCCAUAAUUAUAAAAAAAUUAUAAUGUGGGAAGACUUGACACACAAAUGUUAUUGGCUACUUUACAGGGGUUUUGGCCCAUUGGAGCUUGUGUGGAAAAGAGCAGCAUGAACAUUCUUCAUUUUUUUGACUUGAUGCUUUACAUUUUAAAACUCAACUGCAUUUGAUUUUUAGUUGGUGUUUUUUAUUUCUUGACUUUUUACUGCAUAUAUUAUGUAAAUGUAAUUAAAGAGUUUUUUAUAAUUUUUAUAGUGAUUUAUACGAACAGUUCUGCUUAUCUAAUCAACUGAGUCAGAAAAACUUUUAGCAUGAAGUCAUCAGGGUUGCUUGGGCAGUGAGCCAUCAAUACCUGCUCAUACCGGCUCACAACUUCGUAAUCCCUGGCUGAGAGCCACAAGCUACCUCAUUUUUCGUUCUCCCUCUCUUUUGAUCCCUGCUCUGCAUCGAUGUAUGUGCUUCUAGUGUGGUCCACAGCAUGACACUCAUUAGCCUCACUGUACAGGCUAAAUAUACAUCACACAUACAAUAGCUGGAAGGGAGAGUGUUUACAUAGAGGGCACGAAAGUGGCUGUCCCAUAUUUACACUGAUGUGGGUCACUGAUUUGAGCUGUGCGGGUGCCGGUGAUUCCGGUAUAAGGGGUGACGGGCACCCUCUCCUUCUUGUGAGUUUUAUUUUAGCUCCGCGAGAGCCCAAGGCUUGGCGGGAAAGUCUUAAUGGGUCAGCGGAGCUUCCUCUUGAAGGACAACGGCUCAUUUAGAUCAGGGAGUUCUCAAGGAUGGAAGUGAAUGGAAAGAAGAACAAAGGCAAACGGCAAUCAGCUGGCGUUUGGUGACCCAGCGUGUUGCCUGUGUUUUGAAGAACUACGUGCUUGUCGCUCAUUUUCGUGCGUUGACGCUAAAUUAGAGAACCAAGACUUUCGGUCUUCAAUCAAGAAUAUAAAAACUUCAGAAAGUCUGUUUGAUUCAGUGCUUAUGCUACAGUCACUUUGUGUCCGAAACGAUCAAUUACGUGAAGUUUAAUUGCCUGUAAAGGGACAGCCGAAGUCAUAGGUGACCUCUGAUCUUAACUGGCUCUUGGGGUCGCUGGGGUAUAUUUAUAGCAAUAGCCAAAAAUACAUAAAUGUUGAAAUAGAUUUUUCAUUUAUGCCAAAAAUCAUUAGGAGAUUAAGUAAAGAUCAUGUUUUAUGAAGAUGCUUUGUACAUUUCCUACUGUUAAUAUAUCCAAACAUGCGAUUAGUAAAAUGCAUAGCUAUAAACAUCACCACUUCGACCACUUUAAAGGUGUUUUUCUCAGUAUUUUAGAUUUUUUUUUUUUUUUUUUUUUUUUUGCACCCAGAUUACAGGCAUUCAAACAGUUGUCCUAAGAAAUCAUAUAUAUGUGGAAAGUUGAUUUAUUCAACUUUCAGAUUAAUAAAUAUUUUAAAAAAAUCAA